AUGGCCGAGACCCUGACUCACCGCGCGACGCUCAAGGGCCACAGGGGCUGGGUGACAGCCAUCGCCACCCCCCUGGACCCUAACGCCGAUGUGAUCCUGUCCGCCUCCAGGGACAAGACCGUCAUCGUGUGGAAGCUGGACCGCAGCGAGACCAACUAUGGUGUCGCCCACAAGGCGCUCAAGGGCCACUCCCACUUUGUGCAGGACGUCGUGAUCUCCAGCGACGGCCAGUUCGCCCUGUCCGGCUCUUGGGACGGCACCCUGCGCCUGUGGGACCUGCAGCAGGGCACCACCACGCGCCGCUUUGUGGGCCACACCAAGGACGUGCUGUCCGUGGCCUUCAGCGUGGACAACAGGCAGAUCGUGUCUGGCGCGCGCGACAAGACCAUCAAGCUCUGGAACACCCUGGGCGAGUGCAAGUACACCAUUGCCGAGCCCGAGGGCCACAGCGAGUGGGUCAGCUGCGUGCGGUUCAGCCCCAUGACCAACAACCCCAUCAUCGUGUCGGGCGGCUGGGACAAGCUGGUCAAGGUGUUCAACCUCAGCAACUGCAAGCUCAAGUGCAACCUGGUUGGCCACGCCGGCUACAUCAACACCGUGACCGUCUCACCCGACGGCUCCCUGUGCGCCUCGGGCGGCAAGGACGGCGUGGCGAUGCUGUGGGACCUGGCCGAGGGCAAGCGCCUGUACAGCCUGGACGCCGGUGACAUCAUCCACUCGCUGGUGUUCAGCCCCAACCGCUACUGGCUGUGUGCCGCCACUCAGACCUCCAUCAAGAUCUGGGACCUGGAGUCCAAGAGCGUGGUGGACGACCUGCGCCCCGAGUUCAGCAAGACCUUCGGCAAGAAGGCCACCAUCCCCUACUGCGUCUCGCUCGCGUGGUCGGCCGACGGCUCCACGCUCUACGCCGGCUACAGCGACGGCGACAUCAGGGUCUUCGUCGUCUCGCACGGCGUGUGA